GUCAACACGAUUCACUUCCUGCUAGGAGCGGAUUACGUUCUUACGCUUUCCUUUCAGUAUCGUUUACAGAGAAAUCUAAUUUUCCACACACGUCCCUGAUAUUGACAAGGCGCGGCUCCACAAGACUAAACAAGCAAAUAACCAGUUCUUUAACGAUCCGCCCCGGGGCGAGCCUUGAACCUUCGUGAUGUCGGUGGUUCUUCAGAGCAACUCAGGCUGGGUUCUGGACUCCCAGUCGCUCAUUGACCGAGGCUACACGAGGUGCAUCACAUGGACAGGGCAUCAGAAAACACAUGUCAAGUGCAAUUUUAAAAGACAAUGCUUUCACAUAUUAAAGAGUCAUUACAACAUGAGUGGGAGAGUUGAUGGAGGACACACUGUUAUGGCGCAGAAAACAGAGAAAUCCGCAAAGAAGCGGAAACGAAAACAUGGUGAGCUCAACCAAGGAGAAAUUGAUGCAAAGGCUUUCCAUGAAAAGAUCAGGAGCAUUAUUCUGGAAGGAACCAAGGCCUUAGUGGACUCUGCCCAGUCACUUGGAUACCUGAGUGGAGAGACAGAAACAUCCCAAGAUCCUCUUCCCUCACAGGACUGCAGACUAGCAGCACUCUGCGAGAUAGCUAAAGAGCUUCCUCUGGUGGCCGAUGAAGAGCAGGAGUGGACACAGUCACUUCUGACGGAGGAAGGCGGUGCUUCACAUGUCGACCUGUUCUCCCAGGUGACGGAGAACAGCCAGGCCUGGGCAGCAGUGGUUCCACUGAUAGGAGAGGAGUAUAUAAUACCUCCUAACACUGCAUUCCUCCUCUCUGAUUUCACAAGAAUACAACCACUGGUACAAUGUGGGAGGAGAUUUGAUGUCAUCGUCAUUGAUCCACCUUGGGAAAACAAGUCUGUGAAAAGAAGUCGCAGAUACAGCUCUUUGCCUUCAUCCCAGCUGAAACGCCUUCCAGUCCCCCUCCUGGGAUCUCCAGGAUGCUUGGUGGUCACCUGGGUAACGAACAGGCCCAGCCACCUCCGAUUUGUCCGUGACGAGCUGUACCCACACUGGGGUGUAGAAGUUGUUGCUGAAUGGUUCUGGGUCAAGGUCACCACAUCGGGGGAGUUUGUGUUUCCUCUAGAUUCACCACACAAGAAGCCAUAUGAAGUGCUGGUGCUGGGUCGGUAUCGUCCUGCCAACGACCACACGAGCCCUUUACAAACCGCAAACGCUCCAGUUGAAGAUAAACGUUUGAUUGUGAGCGUCCCCUCGGCCUUGCACUCCCAGAAGCCAUCACUGUCAGAGGUUCUGAAGUUGUAUGUUGGAGCUGAAGCCAAGUGUUUGGAGCUGUUUGCACGGAGUCUUCAGCCCGGGUGGACCAGCUGGGGAAACGAGGUGCUGAAAUUUCAGCACAUCAGCUACUUCAACCUGGAACCUGCAGAUACCUCUAAAGCCGUGGCCACAGAAGACACUGCGGACAACCCUGCAGAAACAUGACUGCAGAUAUCCUGUGAAAAGUGACUGUCUUACUGCAUCCAGCCUUACUAGUAACUGAGCAAAUGACCGAAGUUCAACACCUGUCGGCUGUUUUUUUUUCUUUUAACUUUGUUUUUAAUAAAGAUUUUGCUGCUCCUGCAUCACUUUUUGAUCUAUAAUCUGCAUGCAUGUGGGACCUUUGAUUUAUCUUUUUUGGUCUGGAUGAAUCUUAAGGUAGUGAUGAUGUUGUUUGAGAGAUGAAAGCAUUUCUCUGCAGCUGUUUUGAACCCAACUACUUCCCACACAGCAAUCAGACUCCCAACUCUCCAGGUUUUUAGCCUUUUGAGUACUCCUUGGCACAGCAUGUGUCUUAGGGAAGAUCAAAGUAUUGCUAUUUUUACUCUUUCUAUGCUGUUUUAAGCUGAAUUUCUAAAUGCGGUUGAGAAAAACGUUUCUGAAACAGAGGCUUGUGCUGCAAGAGACGGUCUGCUUCUAAAGCAUCAUCCACAAUUUGUCCACAAUUCGCUUGUACUGUCAGUUUCAGCUAAAAACAAAAUGCUUUCACAUGUUUAACUGGUCCUUUGCCCAUUGGGUGGAGUCUUUCUAAUAAAUGUGGUGGAAGAGCAUGGCCUCAUCUUCUGCUCUCUGAGGAAGAUGAGGAUGAGUUAUUGUCUCUACAGCACACCACACAUCAAAGCUAAUGAAGCUAGAAUGUGACUCCAGCAAAAUCACCUACAUGUUACUGUCAUCAUGCUGUCCAUCUUCAACACAUAGACUCAUAAACAGACACAUAUUGUGCAUAUGAAAGACGACAAGCAAGAUCAUACUUGGUUCUGAACCAAUUUCUCACUCUUUUGCACCAUAUCCACCAUGAGCCUUUUACAUUACUGCUGUGCAGCCAAACUAUGUUGUAAUCUUUUGAAGUGAUCAGCUAUUUUUGCUCUGUGGUUAGCAUAUCUAAGUGACAAGCAUCACAAAAACGUAAUGGUAAUGCCACUGAAGUUGUUUCUACAUUUAUACUGGCAAAGGAUCUCAAUUUACAUGAGCAGAACCUGUAAAUGACUGUAGGUGAUGUCUCAUGUUUUUAAACAUUCAUAUCAGUCUGCAGCUCAGAUGAAACUAUUGUAAUCUGAUUAUUUAACUAACGAUAACCUGUUUAAAAUGUGCAAUUUUUGCACGAAUAUUCAUUUUUAUUUCACUUGACUUCAGUGACAUCAGUCAAAAGUCUGAAUAAAAUGUGUUUUGA